CGUGACCUAGAAACUCAAACUCACUCAUUCAUCAUCACAACAGUUUACAAGGAAACAGAGUUGAGCAGUGGAUAAACACUAAACUCAAACACUUAUUCCUGCUUAACUGCAAUCAAAGAUGUUUAAGAAUACUUUCCAAUCAGGAUUUCUGUCCAUCCUAUAUAGCAUUGGCAGUAAACCACUUCAAAUUUGGGAGAAAAAGGUUCGAAAUGGGCAUAUAAAGAGGAUAACAGACAAUGAUAUACAGUCUUUAGUUUUAGAAAUUGUUGGAACAAAUGUUAGCACGACAUUUAUAACGUGUCCUGCCGAGGCAAAUAAAACUCUCGCUAUCAAACUACCAUUUCUAGUCAUGAUUAUUAAAAAUCUCAAGAAAUAUUUUACGUUUGAAGUACAGGUUCUCGACGACAAAAAUGUCCGACGGCGCUUCAGAGCAUCAAAUUACCAGUCAACAACACGGGUGAAACCUUUCAUAUGCACGAUGCCGAUGAGAUUGGACGAUGGUUGGAAUCAAAUACAAUUUAACUUGUCAGAUUUCACGAGAAGAGCAUAUGGCACUAACUAUAUUGAGACAUUAAGAGUACAGAUCCAUGCUAACUGCCGCAUUCGUCGAGUAUACUUCUCAGAUAGACUAUAUUCAGAAGAUGAAUUACCAGCAGAGUUUAAGCUGUACUUACCUGUGCAACAAAAUAAAACAAAGGCAUGAAAAUUCAACAUUGGCAAUAAAAAACUGAAAAGGAUAAAUGGCAAAAAGUGAUUUAUUUUACAAUUAUUUCAGAAUGUACAUAGAAUACUUAUUUUAUAUCCCCUCUCGCCAUUCGGAAACAUGGUGGUUUAAAACUGGAAAGUUACUGUAUGGUUACUGGAGAAAUUCAACAUUGUUGGAUUUAUUGUAUUUGUAUAAAGGACACUUUCAUGGUGAUAUUAUGUAUUAUUUACGUACAUUGUAAUAAAAAAAUUCUCGUGUUACAUAUCUGCAGGUUGAUGAUUUGGGAAAAUACAGAAGUUUCUGUUAUGGAUAAUAAAA